CGCCCCGCGGCGCAUUGUGGGAUCUGUCCGACUGCGGGGUGGUGGAGGACACCGCACUUGGCCAUGGGGAUCCAGCCGAGCUCAGUCCUGCUGGCCUCGCUGGGGGUGGGGCUGCUUACUCUGCUCGGCCUGGCUCUGGGCACCUACUUGGUUCGAAGGUCCCGCCGGCCUCAGGUUACUCUCCUGGACCCGGAUGAGAAGUAUCUGCUGCGUCUACUGGACAAGACGACUGUGAGCCACAACACCAAGAGGUUCCGCUUUGCCCUGCCCACCGCCCACCACAUUCUGGGGCUGCCUGUGGGCAAACAUGUCUACCUCUCUGCCCGAAUUGAUGGCAGCCUGGUCAUCAGGCCGUACACUCCUGUCACCAGUGAUGAGGACCAAGGCUACGUGGAUCUCGUCAUCAAGGUUUAUCUGAAGGGUGUGCACCCCAAAUUUCCUGAGGGAGGGAAAAUGUCUCAGUACCUGGAUAGCCUGAAGAUUGGGGAUGUGGUGGAAUUCCGGGGGCCAAGUGGGCUGCUCACUUAUACCGGGAAAGGGAAUUUUAACAUUCAGCCCAGUAAGAAAUCUCCACCAGAACCCCGAGUGGCAAAGAAACUGGGAAUGAUCGCUGGAGGGACAGGUAUCACCCCAAUGCUACAACUGAUCCGGGCCAUCCUGAAAGUCCCUGAAGAUCCAACCCAAUGCUUUCUUCUUUUUGCCAACCAGACAGAAAAGGACAUAAUCCUGCGGGAAGACUUAGAGGAGCUGCAGGCCCGAUAUCCCAAUCGCUUUAAACUCUGGUUCACUCUGGAUCAUCCCCCUAAAGAUUGGGCCUACAGUAAGGGCUUUGUGACUGCUGACAUGAUCCGGGAGCACCUGCCUGCCCCAGGGGAUGAUGUACUGCUGCUGCUCUGUGGUCCACCCCCAAUGGUACAGCUGGCCUGCCAUCCCAACUUGGACAAAUUGGGCUACUCACAAAAGAUGCGGUUCACCUACUGAGCACCUCCCAGCUUCCUUGCUCCCCGUGUCUGCAAUUGCACCCAGUCAGUACUCACACACUACAAGCCCUAGAUUUUUUUCCUGAGAAUGUCAGCCCUUUGUAUCUUACUCUGGAGCUAAAAUGUGGAUGGUAACUGCAGGAACAACAUUCCUGUAGCCAUAGAAAAGGGCCAAGGCUGAGUCAGUCCCAAGAAGGCCCCCAGAUCUCCCUAAGAUGAAAAGUCCAGGUGAGGCCCCUGGAGCAGUCUCAUUCCUAGGGUUGAAAAGAAGGAGGUAUGUACAUUUGUUCCAAGACUGGACUGGUUCUUUGAUAGCAUCACACCCUCACCUUCUUUGUGUUUGUGGUGAAAGGAACAGAUAUACAGAGGGUUUUUCUUAGUCUUCAGUGCUUAAAAUGUGCGCAAAUUCUGCUUAUGUAACUGCGAGUUGAGUGAAUGUACAAAGGUAGUCUUAUAGAGACAGGGAAAGGAGGAAAUGGUUUCUUCAGAACUUCAGACAGAGGAGUAUAAAGCAUGUUUUUGUGUCUGUCUCUCUCGGCCCCAGCCAGGCUGGAGGGAAAUGGCUAUCUAUAAUCUAAGACGACUACUUGCACAGGAACCUCUGGCUGUUCAAAUAAAUGGGCCUGGGGCCCCAAUGUGAUACAUAAGGGGUUGUUGUGUUGGGGUGCUUGUUUCUAACUGCCUAUGGAUCUUGGAGGAAAAAUCUUCUCAGCACAGAAUCUUCUGGUCUUCCAAAGAGCCUUUGAGCAGCUGUACCAUGUGCUGAAAUGUGAGCUGCCACCAGGCUCUGCAGUCAUCUCAGCAGCUGUUUCUGCAGAGCCAGAGCUCUCUUCCCUGGAGGCUUCUGAGGUGGGGGAAGGAGAACACGUUAGAGGGGUGUUUUGGAGCACAGGUACCCCUCCCAAUAGUCCUUUGAUUUGAUCGCUCUUCCCCUCUUCCUUCUCUUAGCCUUUCCUUCACUGUAUUUAUUCUUCAGGGUACUUGGCAAACAAAUCAAAGGAUUGCCUUUCCAUUUGGAAGGGAAGCCUUCUUUAAAAAGUAACCUGACAUCACCAGCCCCAGACAGACUUGGUAUCUGAACAAGGUUGGCCUCCACAAGGCCCAUCUGUCCCAAGCCACCCUUCUCUGCUAUGAGAGCAUGACCCAAUCCACUCUCUUCUCCCAAGACAGGACUGCGGCAGCCUCUUCAGAUUUGUCUGUGUUAGUGUCAUUGGGACAAAAUGAUACUUGAGUUUAGGAGGGAGGUUGACAUUGUUUUUCUUCAUGGAACUGUGUGUUUCUGUCUAUGGAGCCAUUGAGAAUGGCUGGUGGGACCCUCAGAUUCUUCAGUAAACUCUGUUGGUGGUAUUUCAUCAAACAUUUCUUGAUCUGCUAGGAUAGUAUGUAUAUGACAUUGUGUUUUGUAAGCCACCUCACCUACAGAAAGGAAAAAAUAUAUUUUGGAAUUGGGAAUUGAAUCCAGGGGCACUUUACCACUGUACAUCCCCAUCCCCUUUUAU